CUGGUUCUGGUAGUGCUGCUAAUGUCGCCGCAAACAUGUUUAGAAGCUUUAAGAACCUUCGGUUCUUGCUUCUCGUUGAGAUCGGCGGCGGCAUUCCACGACCAGACCACGAUAUUCGGCUCGGUGACGUGGUCGUCGGUCGCACGAUGAUUCAACAUGAACUUGGCAGGGAGGAUUCUGGCGAUGGGCUAGAGGAUACCGGCGAUCCAUACAUGCCGCCUCGGGACAUCAGGACGACGCUUUCGGCAAUCAAGGUUCGCGCAGAAAUGGGGCAAAAUGCUUUACAUGGCCUUCAUGACCAAUUGGAGAAGCGCGGCCUGGUCAACAACGAGUACUUGGAUGGAAACCGACUAGAGGACCAUCUUUUCAAGGAAGAUUAUGACCAUCUUGACGAGACGCAGGAGUGCGACAAAUGCGAUAUUGCGCAACGCGUGCAGAGAACAUCAAGGCAAAGUGCCGACCCGCAGAUACACUAUGGCAUAAUCGCGUCGGGACCCCAGGUCAUCAAGAACGCCAAGGUCCGAGACGACAUAGGGAAUCGCCACCAAGCUCUCUGUGUGGAGACGGAGGCUACCGGCCUGAUACACAAAUUUCCAUUCUUGGCCAUCUGUGGCAUCUGCACCUACGCGGAUUCUCACAACAACGACCGCUGGCAGAAAUAUGCUGCCAUGGCGGCAGCCACGUACGCAAUCGAUUUCCUUCGAAGCUGCCAGUCCGUUGAGAACUAA